GGGACAGACGGACAGAGUGGGAGGGGGCACAUGGGGAAGGGACUAUAGACAAGGUAGAGAGCAGGAGGGAAAGGAAAGGCUGUGGUGGGGAAGGGAGACAGAGGGGAGAACGCGGCCAGCAAGAACAACCGUGUUGGAGGAAACAAUGGCAGGGGCAAUAGCGAUGGUGGCAGCCGAGGCAGUCCCACUCUGGGCACCUUUCUGAAUGGGCAGAGGCAUCUCAGGGAGAAGAGAAGAGCAGGCAGCGCCCGCUGAGGCUCUGAGAAAAGCGGCGGAGGGAGGGGAAGGAGGAGGAGGAGGAGAGAGGGGGGAGGGGGACGAGGUAGGGGGAGAACCCGGGACGGAAAACCAGUAGCAUCAGCAUCAGCAUCAGCAGCCGCCACCGCCACACCAGUAGCAGUAGCAGUAGCGGCAGUAACAGCAUUUAGCAAUAGCUUUAACGACUACAGAGACAGUAGCAGCCGCCCUCCUUCUAUCUCCCUCCCGCGGACCGCCGCAGCCACCGCACCGAGAGGGCUCCAGCGCCGCGCGCGCAACCCGCUGCUGAGGUAGCCCCGGCCGGAGCAAGCUGUCGUGCACCCGAAGCACGGAAUCCGGGAGCAGCACCACAGUCACCGAGGCGCUGAGUUUCAGGGCCAGAGCCCGACAGCUCUGACUCCAUCUAGCGCGGCGGCGGCGGCGGCGACGGCGGCGGCGGCGGCGCCUGAGGGACACAGGCGCGUCCACCUGGCGGGCCUGGCGCAUGGAGCUGAGGCAGAGGCGGCGGCGGCGGCGGCAGCAGUAGCAGCGGCGGCGGCUGCAGCUCAAGCAGCUGCGGCGACGGCGGCAGCCCAGCCUUGACUGAGACCGCGCUAGUUCCAGCGCCCGCUGCCUGAGCCCGCCAGCGACUUGCGCCUGCUGAGUCGGCCUGUGAGUGGUACUUACAAUAGCCAAAUUAUGGAAGCAGUCCAUGUGUCCAUCAACAGUUGUAUGGAUGAAGUAGAAGUGGAAUAUAUAUUCAAUGGAUUAUUAAUAAGCCAUAAAAGAGGAUGAAAUCCUGCCAUUUGCAACAACAUGGAUGGAGCUAACCACUAUACUGUACAUGGAGCAAUGAUGGCAUGCUCAUAUUUUGAGAGAAAUUCCCCUUCUGCUCGGAUGAGUUUCCUUCUCUGUUCAACAGGGCCAGGAUUUUAUCUAAGGGAGUGCAAAGGUCACCAGGCCUUUUCCAGAUGCUGAGAGCCUUGAGAACAAGGAUGUAGUUUCAUCCACCUGUCUUUUCCACUGCAGUGCCUGAUACACUACCAUUACCACAAAAGGUUGAACAGCAUUUGGACUUGGAAUGAAACAAUAAGAGGUUACAUUCAUGGAUAACCAACAAGAUAAGGCUGUUGUUGCCUCAGCCAAUGGAGAAAACACUCUGAUUAAUGGGGUCAAAGAAAAUGAUUCAGAGGACCAGGAUGUGACAAUAAAAUCAUUGGCAGCUCUAGAAGCAACUGCACCAAUCCAGCCUAUACCAGUGGUUCAAAAAGAGACCCUGAUGUAUCCCAGGGGUCUCCUGCCUCCACCUUCUAAGAAACCUUGUAUGCAGAACCCUCCAUCUCCUUUGGGGCUAAUUGAAGCACCUGAGCAUGCUGCUAAUAGUGCUUCUGUGAAUGCCAUUUCCCUUACAUCUGGUGUUGCAAAAAGCCUGCAUACAUGGUCACUGCCCAAUGAGUGUGAGAAAGCUCCAUUUGCCAUAAUGGAGCCUGCAGGCAUGUCAGCUCUGAAUGGGGACUGCCUCAUGCAGCCAAGCCGGACUUGUUUGGGCUGCUUCAUGGAAUCCAAGGAUGCAGUAGAUCCUGAGCCUGGGAUCAGUCUGAAAGUUGGUGAUCUAAAUAAGGAUUAUGAAACCUGUGCAGUUUCUGAUAUAGGGAUUCAGUGUAUUAAUGCUGGAGAAAACAUGAAAUAUGGAGAGCAGCUGCUCUCAGACCAGCUCCUAGGCUUUCCUCUGCACAAAUCAAGGUCAGGAGAAAAACGGGAAGCUGAGAAGUCUGACAUCGACUUGGAGGAUCCAGCUCAGAAAAGUUAUUAUGAGGCAUUACUGUUAGACAAGUGUAAUACGGAAGAGGCUUUGCUGGCAAAUUCCAAUCAAGAUUGGGGUUACUUUGAGACUUUCAUUAGUGAGAGUAAGAUUGAACUACUUGACCUCUGUUCCAAAAAUGAGCUGUCUGUCAACUUAUUCUCUGAAGAAGAUGUGGAUAACUACAUGUUCGAUGAUGAUGAGUCAACACUGGGCAGUGAUGUCUGUUCCUUGAAAAUUCGAUAUGAGUCCUUCCAAGACAAUGUUAGAGACAAGACCACCCUUCUAAUGCAGGAGGAUGCCCAAUUCAACUUUUUCCCCAGUGUCUUUACUACCUGUCCCAAGCGAGAGUCUAAGAGUGGGGUCCUGAAGCAGAACAGUGAUCUUUCCCAGUUCAAGGUCCCUGAUGUGAAUAUCAUCUGGGGGGAGGAGGAUAAAAACUUGGACAAGAAGAAAGGCAAAGAAGAGGGACAGGAAGACAAGGGUAUAGGGAAAAAGGAUGAAAAGGAUAAUGGAGAAAAAUCCGCCUUAAAUAAACCAUGCAGUGGGACUGAAGUAGGGCAAUUUAAGAAUCCAAAGCACAGCCAUCUUGCCAAUUCCUUGGAGGCAUCAGGGAAUUUCAGUGAUGACAGUUCCUUCAUUGAGGUCUCUUAUGAUGCCAUGGGGGAGAUCAAGGACUGUAGCCGCUAUAUGGCUCGGGACACUAAUUCUGGCAGCACCUCCUCCCAGCAGAACUAUGGGCUGCGAGCCAAGAGAAAAGUCAGGUACAGUGAAGAUUAUCUAUAUGAUGUUGACUCACUAGAAGGUGAAAAAGUAAAUGAGAGGAAGGAAUGGCUGCCAGGUGGUUCCAAAGAGGAAGAUGAUGAUGAAUGGUGUCCCAAAAAGAGAAGAAAAGUAACCCGUAAGGAGCCUCCUGUUAUUAUCAAAUAUAUCAUCAUCAAUCGCUUUAAAGGUGAGAAAAAUAUGCUGGUGAAGUUGGGUAGGGUAGAUUCCAGUGAGACAACAGUUAAUUUAAGUGAGAAUCAGCUCAAUAAAUAUGCCAAGCUGGCCCCCUUGAAGGGCUUCUGGCAGAAGAAGAAAAAACAAAGAAACAGCAACACCGACUCCAACAAGAUACCCUUAUGCCAAAAGCAAAACUUUGAAACAGGUAGCUUUGAGGUGUCAUUCCUGCCACCUGCUCGCAAACGAAAAUCUAAACUUGGCAAUAGGCACAGGAUUCAAAGAAUCCCAUCUGUGGAAACUCCAGCAAGUGGUAAGCAGAUUUCAUUCUGUAGUGAUCAGAGGCAAGGUAGUACUCGUAAAGAAGAUGGAGGCCUGAAAGGUACAGUGAAGUCAGCACCUUUAGCUGCCCCCAGCUGCACAAGUGGAUCACAUUUAAAUGAUGUGACAGGCCCUGACUCAGUGAAAGUCAAAGCCCAAGAUGCAGGAUUUAAGGGACCAGAGAGGAAAGUGCUCAACAAAAUCAAAUUUAAAAGUGAAGCCAGGUUAAAAUCCAAGAAAAUCAAAGUUGGACAAGAAAACAAGCCAAUUGUUCAAAUCAGCCCUCUUUUGGAAGAUCAACCCUCUACAGCUGAUUUAAAGAAUGAAGAUAUUCCUGGGACCUCAGACAGUUCUCAUCUAUCUGAAUUUCAUGAGGCAAAGGUUGUUAAGAAUUCUCCUUUCUUACCAACCACCUGCUCUUCUGAAAUGCCUUUAUCAUCUGCUAAUGUUGCCACCAAUAUACCUGUUAUCCCUGGAGGGUAUCUGCAGACAUUGUUAGAUGCUUCUGAUUUGUCAAAUAAUACUGGUAUGUCAUACUUUGCUCACCAUUCUCCAGAGCGACAUGAAGGCAGCCUCACUCAAACAGAAAAAUCUUUUGUGCCUCUCCAGCCUGCCCAGGACUGUGUGCUUUCCUCACCCUCUGAGUCUGAGCUGCAGCAAUCAUCCCAAAACUUCAAAAUAGAAUCAAGCAACUAUGGAAAUAUGUGGCCCAACAAGCCUACUUCUGGCCCCCAGGAAUUCGUGGGUGAAGUCUCAAGGGAGAUAGCUCCAACCCAAUCUAAUGAAUUUGGAGUCUCCCAAGUAGUCUCCAUGGAAAAUAACCUCACAGCUACAACAUACAAUCGAACCUGCCUCAAUAGUGGUGGCAGUAAUUGCAACAAGGUCCUGUAUGCUUCUGUGCAAGACACCCAACUCCCAUCUGAUGACUCUUAUCAAUUAUGUCACUUUAGUAAUGGAGAGAUAUGCUUUCCUUUCCAGCAGGGCCCAGCCAAUAUGGAUGAUGACCGGCUCUUUAGCUUUGAUUCAAUGGCCCCACUCUCUGUCAACUCAAGCAAUUAUUGCUCCUUAAGCUUGAAAUCCUGUGAAAAAGAUGGUGAUGAUGAUAUUACUGAUGACUUCCUGGCCCACUGCAGCCCCAAGCUGGUGAUCCAGCAGAGCACUGAUGAGAUAACACCAUUAAAGGAGUCCACUGACCUCCUGGAUAUCUCCAACUUCACUCCUGACAAAUUCCGCCACUCAUCUCUCUCAGAGAUGUCUCCACCUGAUACCCCCAGUCUUUCACCUCAAAUUACCAGAUGUGAGAGUAUCAAGACACUAGGAACACUGAAGGGGUUCCAAGAGGGUGUCCCAGGACCAUUGAGCAAUAUGGAGAAAAUCAAGUGGGACUGCAGUACCCUUUCACGGCAGGUCCAAGUGGAUGAUGGAUUUACUUUAAAUAACCAUCAGUUUCAGUUCCAUAUGUUCAAUGAUGAGGAUUCUGUCAGCUUGCUCCAAAAAACUCCUUGCCUAUCAACACUUAAUGAUCCAUCUGGUCAAAUGAGUACUAACAACAAAGUAUCAAAAGCAAGAAAGAAAAGUUCACCCAACAAGAGUGGGGCUAUGAACCAGAGUUCUUCUCAGAAAAACACCAGGAAAAAAUCUCUCAAAGCCAACAACAAAGGGAUUGAAAAGCCACCUGGCAAAACCUCCCGCCAGACCCCUAAGUCAACAAAGAAAGGGAAAUAUAUGGCUGCAAUCAAUGGAGAGAAAAUGCAAAUUGGCAUUGGCCGUGGGGGAGGCCAAAUCAACAACAUAUCUUCCACAGGGAAGACAUUGGCUGAAUGUAUCCAACAUGGUAGCCCUGUGGCCUCCAUGAAGAUGCCAAGUCAAAAGGGACUUUCUGGAGAUUGGACUUUGGGGAAAGAGAGUAGCCCUGUCUGGAGUGACCUGAACAUGGGAACCAACACCAAUAACCUCCUUGAUGAUGAUCAACGGGAAUUUCAGGAGCCUUCCUAUAUCUUGUCCAACAUUGCCUCUGGUAUGGCAGAUGUACAGAGAUUCAUGAUGGCCUCCAUAGAGCCCCUUUGGGAACCCAUGGAGCACCAUGGAGACCCCAACAUAUUUUACUCCCCAGAGUCUAAUAGCCUAAAAUUAAAAACCCUCAAAAUAUUGGCUGGGACACCACAGGAAUCUAAGAAAAAGGUCAACAGUGGGUCGCCAGGAGCCAUUAAGAAUCACAGGUCCAUCAAGGGUGUGAGUAAAAGCAAUGGGAAAGCAGCGAUAGGUGAUCCUGGUCGUGCAAACAUGCAUGGUUAUGAGGACUCUCGCUCUGCCUUCUUUGAUAAAAAGUAUAAUAACCCGAGCACUUUAGGCAAUAAUGGACCAACACACAAAAAAUUAUAUCGUCACAAAUCCAGCUCCAAGGCCCUGAGAGAUGAGAAGUGUAAGGGAAAGUGCAUGGAGCGAGAACAGGUCCACAAGGAUGAGGCUGGGACAGCUUCUUUUGAAAAACUGAGGGAUUCCGACUACAAUCUCCUAAAAGCAGAAACAGCAUUUUGGGUUUUACCUGUGUUUGAAGAAGAAACUCACAUUUUCCAGAAAGACAUUUGAUGUUUGUGUUUUAUUUCUUUCAAAAUAUGCCUUGUGGUAUGUAUGUUGACAUGUAAGUGCUUAAAGAAAAGAAUUUUGAAGUGUGGGAAUAAGUCUUUGGAAGCAAACUUUUAAUCUAAUGUUCUAUGUAAAAGACUUCAAAAGUCAUACAGUUGCACAAGUAGUUUAUGCACUAUUUACCCAAGGAAGAAAAGGAAAACAUUGUGCCAAACUACAAACAAGUGACUGUAUUGUAUAUAUUUUUACUUCUAUAGCAACAUUUGGUUGUGAGUAUUUGGGGAUCUUGUCCCUGUUGAUUUAUUAGAAACAUUCCAGUGAUUCUUGCUAUUAACCACCCCCACUUAUGUGGAUAGCACCUAUAGAUCACAGUGGAAAAUUAUGUUGUGUUACACAAUUUACCAAAACUUAAAUGAUACUGUUUGAAAUGUGCCAAAUUUCCUUACCUCAUCUCACAGAUUCACCCCACAGUUUAAAGCUCCUUAACGGAUAUAUAUAUAUAUAUAUAUAUAUAUAUAUAUAUAACACACACACACAUUAUUUUGAAAUUUUAAACUCUGCUGUCCUGUGUGGAAACAUAAACAAUUAAAUAAGGCACAAUAAAGUUUUGUUUGUUCCAUUGUCUAACAGUUCAAUUGUUGAGAAAGUCUGGAAGUCACAACAGCUAAGUCCAUCAGGGACCUACUAUAUGCAUUUACAGAACCUUUUACAAGGAAGCAAAACAGCUGCUUUAAAGUUUGUUUUCUAAAAGCAAAAUCUGUAGCUGAAAAUUAUUUAAAGUGCAAAGUUAUAUUGCUGAUACUUUAUAUCUCAGUUUUAUAUAUUUUAUAAUAGUCUGGGAUAAAUUAUAAAAUAGCUAUAAAAUCAACACUAAUGACAAAUGAAGUACAUAGAUUGCUUUUAUUUAAGUAGUUUCAUAAAUGUUUUGUCAAAAGUGCAUUCAUAUCAUGGCUUUAUUGUUCUUUCAAUGUUUAAUCUUGCAAUGCCAAUGUCACUUAAAGAAAAUGUUAAGGCAUCUCAGUUCAACUCCUAUGAGUUAUGUACACAUAUUAGCUAAGCUGAACAAUUUGUGGUAACAACUAAUCAGGGCCAUACAUACUUAGUCUGAGGAUGACUAGUAUUUGAUGCCAAACACUAAACUUAAAUUGCAAUUUUAUAUACAUUUUUGAAAUCACAUUUUUAUUCUGCCCUUCCCCCUUUUGUCUUUAAAGUUCACAGCUUCAACACUGCUAGUGUUGCUUUUUCUUCCCCUUUAUUCACCACUUGACUUCUAACAUUUGAUCUAUUUUCCUUGCACAGUUGAAGGCCUGUGUGUCUGAUGACUGAUGCAUUAUGGCACAGAUGAGAUAAUGGAUGUAAAAGCGCUUUGUAGAUCAUAAAGUGCUAUACAGAUAUAGGGGAUUAAUAUUAUUAAUGUUGUUGGUUGUUGUCGUUGUUACUCUUACUAUUCUUACUAAUACUGUUACUAACUUAUUAACUUGUGAAUAUAUAGGCUGUGGGUGGGAGGGUGGAGAAUAAGUGGGUGGGGGAAAGGGAGAUUUUAAAAAAAAAAGGAAGAUGUUUCAAAAGGAAAAAUUUAAGCAAAAUAUAAACCUACCUAGUCAUUGCCACCUAAAUAUAUUCACAAACAGAAAAGCAACAUUUGAAAGUAGUCAGAGAGAAAUGGAAGGAAGCCUGUCACAUAUAUAAGUUCAUACACUUCCCAGUCCAUGAUUCCUUUCACCAGCCUGCUCUACUACUUAUAACUAGGUAGUAAAAUGAACAAGCCUGUGUUCUUGAUGGUGUGAUUGUGUGUGUCUGUGGGAAUGAGUGGGUGAGGAGCAUUUUGUGAGGUUGCUUCAGGCCUAUUCCUAGGCUUUGAUGCUUGUGUGUGGUGAGUCUUCGAAAAUUACUUAAUGGAAAGGCACGAGAUGAAACAUGUCUCCUACUCUACAGCUGCCAUCCAGAAUGGAAAACAAUCAGACUGGAACAUUUUCUUCUAUUUCUCCACUCUGAUAGCUAGCUGUUUAUGCUUAAUGCUAUGCCUGGUUCUUAGGAACUAGAUUUUGUUUUAUUUUGUUUGUUUAUUCAGUUUUGCAGCUACUUUAGGUUUGGAAUCACCAACUCUACUUGUAUUAUGAUCCCCAAAACUCCAGACCUCAAAGUCACUUACAGGAAUGGAGUGCUCUCUAUGUAAUCAAAAGGUGGCAAUUAAAGAAAUAAAGAAAAUGUUCCAUGGAUACAAUGUGCUUUAUAAAAAAUUAUGGGAGAAGUUGUCCCAGUUUUUCUCAGUUCAGCUUUGGAAAAUGGGGUGGGGGUGGGGUAGAAGGACAACCUGAAACUUUCAGAAACAGUUUCCUUGUCAGAACUUGUUAGCACAAGUCCUUUGGAAUGGAUACUUUCAGUUGCUCCUAUGGAGCCCAUUAGGGACCAGUUCUAGGGCAUGGUUCAUCCCUUUCUCCAAAGAGAAUUGACAUGUUAAAGUACCAGUUUUAAUUGCCUACUACAGUACAUUAUAUGUUUUUUACAUAUGUGUCAGUGACUUGUAAUCAAUUGCUUUCUACUAAAACAUAACAAGAAACUAAAUUUGAUUAAUGAAUAAUAGGACAAUGCAGAAGAUGAUUAUUCUCUUAAUUUCACUUAAUAUCCUCUCAGUACAUUGUGUUCUGAGUGUUUUAGUUUUUAUGGAUUUUUUGGUCCUGUCACUGCUCAUAUUUUUUUUCUUCCUGUCACAACAUAGUAGGCCUGGCUUUUUGGAGACCCCUUAUUCAACCAUCUGCCUUAGUGGAGUGAGGACCACUGAUACAAAAAUAGUGUUUUGCCCUAUCACUGACAUUUUGAGUCAGAUAUAUGGAAUUUUCCUUGUUCUGAAAUUUCUGAUUGCCACUCCCUUCUAACAUCUCUCUGAGACACUGUUUCCUAUUAAUGCUUCCUCAACAGAAUCCCAUUUAUUAUUUAUUUUCCUGGAGAUGGUAUUCUCCAUUAUUCUUCUUAUUUAAUUUCAGUCCUUGAUCUUGGAAUUUUUCUUCUUUUAUAAUCUUAUACUCCACCUCCUCAAAGUGUCAGAGUUUAAGAACCUUAGCCAAGCUACUUCUAGAAUUUCAGAGGGCAACCUUCUCACCCUUAAUUACCUUUAAUUAUCUUGGCUACUUUCAAUGCACACACACACACACAGAGAAAGAGAGAGAGAGAGAGACUGAGAGAGAGGGAGAGAGAAAAUAAUAUCACAUUACUAAGGAAAGUUGGAAACUCCUUUUCCUUGGAAGUCUGUAAAAAUAUGUCCGAUCCCCUUUCUGCCCUGGUUAGGUGCUAGACUAUGUGGAGAGGGUGCUGAAAUAGUAGCCUUGACCAAGGUUCUUUGAGACUUCGGGGGUUAUGUUUGGGCUGUGAUAACUGGCUUAAACCAAUGGCCUCUCCAGCGUCUCAUAUACCAGCUUCCUCAUAUAUGCUGCUUCCUCUCAGCUUUCUCUUCUGACUUAUUAUUCUGUGCAAUUAUGUGUUAAGGCCUUACCUUCUCCUAAAUCUUUUCAAACCUCCUGCACUACCUUGACCAUCACUUCUUUAGCCAUCUCCCUGAAGUCUUUGGUGCUAGGUGGGCUUUUGUGACAACUUUCACCUUCUCUGAACUUUUUCCUUGCUGAGAUGCAUCUGUAUGUGUGCAGGGGGGAGGGAGGGACAGGGAAGGGGUUGAGCAUGUAUGUAAGAGAGAAGCAUAAAGGAAGCUUUAAAAGCUGUAAACAGCUCUGGUUAGCAUCCUAUGUCCUGUUAUGUGAGGUUCUGCAGUUCUAGUGAAUUUCUGUUUUAGUGGGUCCUGAUGAGCAUUUAUUGCCUAAAGGAGAAAAACCAUAUCCAAGGACCUUUUAAACAAGCUUGCUCUUACCAAGUUGAACCAGUCUGAUGCAGAUCUGCCACAUCUUCAAUUUACAGAUGCUCUCAGAACAGUUCCAAGAAUUGAAGAGAGCUGAGUUUCUGUCCUGAAGAGGAGAAUGGAGCACUAGCUAGUCCUAACUAGUGCUAGAACUAUAAAUGUUUGUUUUCUCCUGGAUUAUUAAGAAGUUAUCUAAUUUCUGGAGUUUUAUUUUUAUUUAGGAUUUUUAAAUGAUAGCUUAUUAUAGGAAUAUGUCCUUUUAUGAAAUAAAAUUAAUAUGAGAUUUAUUUUCUAAUCAUAAAAUUCACCAAGCCCACCAGUAUGUUUAGAAGGUUUAGUACCAAAACCAAACAUUUUAGUAACUAGGGAUAAAUAGGAAUCUUGUCAACACAAUGUAGGCCAGGGAUUUUUGUAAAGGUUUCUCAAGGACCCAAAUAAGGGGGAAAAAUUUAGCUGUGCUUUUUAACUUGGGAAACACUGUCAUCAACUUGAAGGUCCUCAGCCAGCAUGGGAUUAUUUUGAUGGCAGUACGCAGGCUACACUUCAAGGCACAUUUUUUACUCAGAGCAUUAAACAGUAGCUACAGUCAUGAAGCAGAGCUCCCAUUGCAGCUACAUGAUACUUGAGAUGUACUCUUCAUUUAGAAUCAUAACUAAGAGAUGAAACAUUGGAGAAGGACAAUGUAAAGGAAAGAAGCUUAGUACAAAUUGUAUGGUGUGAAUGAGGCUUUAAAAAUCAGUAUUUGGGUAAGUAGAAAAGAAAUAGUCGACAUAAAAUGGAAAGGAUGUCUCUCCAUCUAUCAGGCUCAGUGGUUUCUGAGUCUUAGACAUCCCCUUCAGAAAGAAGAAAGAAGAUGUUUAAAUCACUCUGCUUCUGUCAGAGAUACCUGGUUUUACAGCACAAAAGAAAAGGCUUAGAAUAAAAACUAGAAGAGGGCUUUUGGUUUUGACUCCCAGUGAGGAGGGUAGAAAGCUUAAAAUGCUCUACUGGGAUACCUGUAGCACUGACUAGAGUUUGCUGCCUACAGUUUUGAAUGUACUAGUCCUUAAUUUAAUUUCCAUAAAACUGAAUGCACCUCUUUGGUAAAAUACUGAUUUAUGGUGCUAAAGAAACUAUUAUCUCCAUUGUUGUCCUCUCCCAAGCCCUUUAAACAUUUAAGGAAAUUCAAAAUAAACAUGUUAGAGGCCCUUUUUAUGAAUGUAACUUAAGUUUCUGUUUGACAUGUGACACUGCAACUUUAAAAUGUUAGGAAAUUGUUUGCCUUUUCUUUUCAGAGUUAAGCUUUAUAAAUAAUCUGUAGAGUCAAUUGAAGUAUAAAGCCUAAGGAUCACUCUUAAGACGCCUACAAAAUCUUGUAUAUUUUUAAGUGUGCCAAUUUGUAACAUAUUUUGUAAGUGUAUAUUUUUCUUAGAAAAGUGCUGUGAAGUGUCUGUAUGUGAGAGUUUUCCUUUUUCUGCACCACUGGGUGCUAAUAAAAGGAUAUUUACUUCAAAGUUUCUGGUUUUAGAAACCAUAAUACAAAGAAAAAAUACACUUUUGUUGGGAAUUUUGUAACACAAAACAUGUUGUGAAAGAGUGUAGUGAUCUUGUGCAAAUGAAAAUGAACAUUUGUGAGCUUCUUGCUGUUUUAUAGAUUUUCUUGUAAAUUAUUCUUGUAACACCUCUGGUUUUGUUGUUCUUGUUGCAAAGGUUUUAAAUAUUUGUGACUGAGUGUAUGGUGAAACUGUCAUAAUGUACCUAGCUGAGUUUUGUUAUUGUUUAUGGAAUAAAUAAAAAGAAAAGUUUAAAAAUACUGCUUUGGAAUCAUAUGUAACAAAUCAAACCAUUUUUAAAUAAAUUCUAUGUCCCAAAUAAAAAAUUCUUCAUU